UGAAAGCAUGGACUGAUCGAUCAAAGACAACGAUGCAGGUCAUUUUACCUUAGGGAUAAGAGGAAAAAGCGAUCGUCUCGAUGGCAGUGGCGAUGCCGAGCGAAACAACGGAGGAGACGUUACCGGUCGUAGUCGUAGUGUACGAGGUGACGUCAGACGAGCGUUGGCGGAAUGGUUAUGGCCGUUCCCGUUGUCCGAGAAGAAGAUCGAGAGAAGAAGAGACGAAGACAGAGGAUCGCGUUCACGAGCGCAACGGGACUGGAAGAAGUAAAAAGAGAAGUUCCGCGGUGCGCGUUUUCGCGGGUUCGACCAGGGUCGCGCACAAAACCGUGCAAUUGCGAGAAUAUGCAUUUCUUUUUCGUUUGAACGGUGGUUGAAAUUUUGGAACUGCAGAGCGUUGGACUAGCGGAGGGUUGGAACGGGGGUAAAAACUGAAUUCGACGAGAGCGCUGGAGGGUUGGAGCUGCGACAGAGGGUCGAUACGCGAGACCAGGUAAAAAGAAGGCAAAGAUCGGGUAGAAGCGUGCCGAAGUCGUCGAUGGAAGGAGUCCCUUGAUAACUGUUAGCGAUAAUCGAGUUCUAGAGUCAUAAUGCCGUCUUCUUUAGCGAUUCGAGCGAGAUGGAGAAUGAAAACGAACGACUUUUCGAGAGGAACGAGGCGAAGGUGGAAAAAGAAAGAGGGCGGGUGCAUACAAAGAGAUAGAUCGAGAGGGAAAGAGAAAGAGAGGGAGAGAACGCGUAUACGUGCACACACCCACACAUACAAAAGAGAAGGAGAGAGACGAUAGUUCGACGAAGAGAAACGAACGAAGAACAGACCAAAGGGUGGGAGACAAAGUAGAAGGGAGGGAUAGAGAGGACAACGGAGGAAAGAGUCUGUCGCGGAGAAAAAUGCAAGAAGAGGAAAGGAGAAGGUACGGUGGAGGGAAAGAAAGAGACGAUGGCACUAGAGGGAAGCGGAGGAGAAGUACGGGGGAAAAAGAGGUAACGAGCGAGACGGAGGAUGACCGACGGGACGGGGGCGUGUUUGAUGGCUGGCUAGACCGCUCGGAUCGGUCGCGCCUGGGGCGUGAGCCAGCCAGAAGCAAAAGCCACGAGUAGAUGCGCGAGGGUAAAGAGCGAACGGGAACGAUCGAGUCGAUGAAAAAGACAGAGAAACUCGAAGAGCGUGCGCGCGAGGGAGAGUGAGAUGGCAAGACGGAAAGAGAAAGAAAGCGGGGGAGCGAGAAAGAAGGAGAGCCCGCGAGAAGAGUAUGGUCCGUGGAGGGCUGCGUUCACCGGGCAGUUACUCCGGAACCGUUGCCUUGACGACACGCGUUCGCGCAUGCGCGUACGCGACAUUACGAGUGUCCCAGUACCGCGUUGCGAGUACCAGUUGCGUUCGCCACCCUUGUUUCCACUACCACCGCUGCCACCACCUUUCCUCCACCUUUAUUACUAUCCGCUGAAACCACUACCAUCCUCGCUACCACCACCGCUAAUACUUCACCACCGUAACUCGCCGUUACCUUGGACGUUUCGUCGUCUCCACCGAGCUGCCGCUAUCGUUAUCGUCAUCAGUAUUUACCACCACCAACGCUACCAUCGCCACCACUCGUCAUCGUUACCACCACCGCUAUCGCCGCUGUUUCCACCUCGCAGUCAUCGUCGCUGUCGUUGUUAUCGUUCCUUCUACGUCGAUGAUUUAGAACGCGUCUUUGCGACUUUGCGUACCGAUUACUUCGUUGCUUCCUCUUGGGCAGAUUUUCUGGCAGCGAUACGAAACGGAGAUCGAACAGGAAGAGGGUAACGACGCGUCAACGAAAGCGCGCGUUAUAACGCUGUAAGAAGGUCGUUCGUUAGAAUCGACUCGCACCGGUGGAUCGUUAUCGUCCAUGCAUGUUUCAACGCCGUGGUCAUCGUCCACGUGGUUGUCGCCGUUCCCGUCGUCGUCGUCGUCGUCGCCGCGCUCGUUCCGAGAGGGUCCUUUAAAACCCUUUAGAGCUCACGACACUUCUUCGGAGCAACCCUCUAAUUUCCGGUGAUCGCGUUGUUCGACCUUCGUUCUUCUCCUUCGGUGUUUUCUCUUUCUCCGACUCCACCUCCACCUCCACCAUUACCACCACCUCCAUCACUACCUCCACCUUCAUCUCCACCUCCAUCUCCUCCUCUUGCUCCUACCCCUCGUGCUCCCUCUCCUACGCCGUCGCGUUCUCCACCUCUUCCUCUUCCUUCGCCGCGUUUCGCUACUACGAGUGUCCGGUUGUCACGCGUCGACGGUGUUCGCGAUAAGACGCGACCGUGUCAACGUUUUUCUCGACUGCGCGACCGAUCCGUCAAUGUUUCAUCUUCUUGCGCGAGACUCCUUAGAUCAGUGAUUUCGCGACAGACACCGCCGUCGAACGAGAUCGACUUUGUUGACGCGCGAGGUCGAUUUCCACGAUAAAAGGGUUUGUUCGCGCGUUUCUCGCCGAUAUUCGGGCUCUACGUCGUCGUACGAGUGAUUCGAAGCGAAUCCGUCGUGUACCAUCGACGUCGCAAAUCGAUCGAAUAUCCUCCAUGUUCGAUCGUAAAGACGGCUCGAGAAAAGAUCGAUGAAGUCGUGAAUCGCGAGCGAUAUUCAUGUCUCGGCAUCGCCGCGAAACCUGCCGCUGUACCUUGGCUGUGGAAAGAACAGCGGCAGGUCGACGUCGUCUUCGUCCGCGAUUCCCUCGACGAGCAUGACGCGCGAUGCACGGGAACGGAAAAUCGAAGGGAAUCGAUCCAUCGACGUAGCUCGUUGACGAGAAAGCGAACGAGGCAGAGAAAGAAAUCGUGAAAUCGAAGGAUUCGUCGGUACGCGGCAACGGAAAGAGAAGAAGAGGCAAAAGGUGUUGGACGAUGUCGCCAAUUUCUUCGUUUCGCGUUGAACGACGCGACCACUCGUUGAUCGUAGGACGCGAGACAUUUGGGAUCCUCUGCUUUCGAAGAAAGUAAUCGUAUCCGGAAAACCUGUUCGUUCGCGGUUCGAGGAAGAAAAUCGAGAAAAGUGCAAUGACGUUGUUCAACGAGUAUCGGUACCGUGUACGCGAGUGACGAUUCGCGACGCGUGUGACGAUUCGCGACGCGAGCGACGGCGUGACGAACUGGACGCGAUCGAGGGCUGUCGCGAAACAUGGUCCCGCGUUUCGAUACCCGACACGGUCGUCUAGCUGGUCGAUUCGCGUUGCGACGAUAAGGUUGGACGGUGACUCGAGAGCGUCCACGGAGCAUGAUCGUUGGAAAAGAACGAAAAAUUGGCAAGUUUGACCAGAAAUCGAAGGAGAUCGAGUGUUCGGUUGUUCGACGUUACCCGGACGCAGUUUUCGGUUCGACCUCGGUACCAAAGAAUCGUGGUAUCCACGGCGUAAAUGGCUGUCGUGACCGAACUAAUCGGACACGAUUCGAAGCCGUGGCUGGAAAACGGUCGACGAUAACGAGAAAAAAUUCGCCGAGAGAAGAAGACUCGCGGAAGCGAGGAGAACCGUACGAACGCGUAGGAGUCGAUAGCGGAUUUGUUCGUAGUCGGCGAUCGUUAAAGGACAAAUAAAAAAUACGAACGAACGGUGGCGUCGGUCGCGAGUUGAAUGGUUCCGCGAGGGUUAACCCUUGGGAGGUCGAUUUGGGAGCAAGCGGAGCCAGACGUAGGGCCAGUGUCGGAGCAGCAACGUUUCUACGAUUCUCCGCCACCACGGAUGGACGCGAGCGUGUGCUGCUUGCCCGCGAGUGCCGGCUCGGGGGCCCAGCACCCUCAUCCAGCAAGUUUGCCUUCCGGCGGACAGCCAACGAUCCAGCCACCCUAUCAGUAUGCCGAUCAGAUAGUACCGGAUCGGGGUCAACCCGACGGAUUGCCGGUACUCGGCUGUACCGGUCAGGACAACUGGCAGCAGAUCUCCGCGACCAACGUCGCUGGUGCUGUCACCGCCGCGACCACCACGACCACGUACAUCGAUUACUCCUGGCUGCAAAUGCAGCAGACCUCGGAACUGGACACGUUGCUGUGCAGACAGGACCUCGAUCGGCUGCAGAAGCUCGACGAAGAUGACCCGGAGAAGGACGCGAGGGAGUCCUCGGUGCAGAUGGAGGAUUUUUUCGAGGUCGGAGGGCCGGUGUGUCGACCACAGGCGAGUUUCGUCUCGUCGAGGAGUCAGCCGGCUAGCAACGACGACGACGUGUUCCUCAGGCCGCCGCUCUGGGAGGAUAUCACUUCGAGCAUACAAAAGUUGGACCCGGAGAACGCGGACAUGUUGGCCUCGCAGUCGCACGUCAAGAUGGAAACCGACGACGUCGCGUCUCCGGUACUGUCCCCCGUCGAGAUCAAGACCGAGCCGUUGCCACCACCCCCGACGUUGCAUCUUCUCGAAGGACCUACCUCGAAUUCGGUGCAAACGUACGUCAACGGUCACCCUCCAGCCUCGACGGGACCUCGAGUCGUUCACCAUCGAACGCCGACCGCCGCCUACAAAACCUUCUCCCCCAACAACAACGAUAACAAUAGCGCCAACAACAAUAACAACAAUAAUAACAACAACAACAAUACGACCGCCAACAACAAUAAUAGCAGCAACAAUAACAACGCGAUCGGCGUGAACAGCAACGGCAGCGGCAACAACAAUAACCCCGGUAACAAUAACAAUAAUAACGGUAGCAACAACAACGGCGGUAAUAACGGUAGCAACAACGGCAACAACGAUUCGACGAAUAAUCACGGCAAUCAGAUCGGAGGCACCGCGACCUCGCCGAUCUACGGCUCGAUGACCAGGCUGAUGUACAUUUCCCCGUUAACGCCGCCAAUUUCCGAUCCUGGAUCCCCGAUAGGGGCUCCGCCGAGACGGACACCGCCUCCACCCUAUCCUCAGCCUUCCAUUAUGAAUCCUUCUCACAGGAUUCAACCUCCACCCAUCUCCACCAAAUUCAACAGACGGAACAAUCCCGAGCUCGAGAAGCGACGAGUCCACCACUGUGAUUUCAUAGGUUGUACGAAGGUCUACACGAAGAGUUCGCACUUGAAGGCGCACCAGCGAAUACACACAGGUGAAAAACCGUACCAGUGUCAGUGGCCGGAAUGCGAAUGGCGGUUCGCCAGAAGCGACGAAUUGACUCGUCACUAUCGAAAGCAUACUGGCGCGAAGCCCUUCAAGUGUGCCGUGUGCGAGCGUUCCUUUGCUAGAAGCGACCACCUCGCCCUGCACAUGAAACGGCAUCUUCCGAAGCAGCACGCCAAGUGAGCGUACAGCUUCACCGGCUCUCUCCCUUUUCCUCGGUAAUUCUUGUUCGCGCCAGAGUCGCCUUCUUCGACGUCGAAACGCCCCUCUCGAUGCCCUUCGCAGCCCGCUACGAUACGAAGGAACCUGGAAAUCUAUUUCUUCUCCUUCUUCUUCUUUUCGAUCGAACUUCAACGAGGAGCGACGAAAAAGCUUCCGCGAACGCGACGACCGAAUUAGUGCCCCGAUUACGCUACGCGAUAGUUUGGGACGUUUGUGAUCGAACACCGUUCGAUCUUUCCCGCGCGACGCGCUAAUCGUCGAUCGUUUGCUUAGGAAACACGAUCGCGACCAUAGUGGCUGGACCACUAAAUGUUCUCCGUUGUUCGGUGAUUUUCUUCCUGUCGGUUUUAACGCUGAGAAAAAUUCUGGAAUCGGAGCUGCCUGACGAGCUUUCGUUCGCGGGUAAAAAGAAGGAUUAAGCGAGCAAGAUUAGAACGAAUUGCGCCUGUUCUUGUACAUUUAACGAUUCGUAUUUAUAAUAAAGUACGCGAAAAUGAGCACCAGCGUUAUAAAUCGUCGUAUCCCGUUUUACAGUGUUUUGCAAGGGAACUUACCAAUGUAUUUAUCUAGGAUAACGCGAGAGAGAACACUCGUUAGAAAAUAUUUGUACUCGUCGUAAUUGUUCGAUGACGGAUGGUCGCUAGAGAGGAAACACGAUAACGAGGUAAGUUUUUAGUUGGCAAUAUCGGUCGCUGAAAGCGAGGCGCGAGUAAAAGCAUCGCGAUUCUUAUUCGGUCCGCGUUCGUUUGCUCGAAAGUUUUCGACAAUCCGAUGUUUCCUUCCGUUUCGACUAUGCGCGUUCCGAAUGAUCCUCCUUUCGAUUCUCCCGAUUACCGCUUACUCGUCGUGCUUCGUAAUCAACGUUCGUCUUGCGUAAAGCGUACGCGAAAUUGCCAAGUAAAAAGUGAAUCGCAUGCGUUUCGUUUUCGGCCGGAAUCGUAACAUCGCGACGAAAGAAACUUUCGGGCAAAAGUGAGUAGUUUUAAGGAAAAUGUAUCGUUACCAGCACACCCUGGUCAGUGAUAAACGUUGAAACUCCCACCUCUGUUUAAUUCUUCGAUCGCGGAAUUGAUGUACGCUUCUAGGAAAGAACGAAAAUAAAACAAGAAAGUAGCCAUUGUCGAGCGUAAAAGCGAGGAAACUUGCUGCGGUUGCUGUCACGAAUGCGACGGAAUUUCUGCCAUGCUAUCGAGAGGGCAGCUUUUGCAAAAGAUUACGAGCGACGAUUAGAAUUCGUUUGGUCACGUAGACGCGAUCGAUAAGAUUUUUGUCGUAAUAAUUUUGAUGUUUUCUCUUUCGGUGCGAUCCGCGAGAAAAGUAUCGGCGUGUCGCGAUGCCUUAUGUACAAAAUCUCCCUAGUUAUUUCUCCUCCACGUAUGUACUCGUAUGUAUGUAUAUAUUUAUAUAUGUACAAGCAGAUACGCAUGCGCAUGUAUAUACAUAUAUAUACGCGUAUAUAAAUUGUAUACGUAUACUUUUCGAGAAAGUAUCGCAUCGAGUUUCUCGCGGCUGAAACGUCUAUGCAUUUGCGUGUAUGUUGUGUGCGUGAGUGUGUGUAUUUACGUGUAAAAAAUCGACGCAUAUUCAACGCCCACGUAUGUAGUUAAUGUAAUAAUAUGCUUGUACGAUAUUCGAUUUAAAUAUUUAAAUCGACGCUCCUCGUGGUCCGUCGACCUGUUGUUUCAUUCAGUAUCUUGUUUGUUUUCUCGAAAAAAGAGUAGUCUGCAUAGUAUACUAGCGAUAAAAGAGAAAAACAUCGAUUAGACGCUUGCGAUUAGUCGCAAGUUAGGACCGAAAAGUAAACCCUUUUAAAUCGCGAAAAAGUAUUCUCUCUCUUUCUGUCUGUCUCUCUUUUUUUUAUAUCUCGCGCUCUCUUUCUCUCUGUCUCUCUUCUUUCUAUUGUUUACUUGUUGCGUUACUUUUCUCCUCUCAGCAUAGAGAAAAAAAGAAUUUAAAUAAUUGAAAACGCGCUAAAGGCCGAAACGUUGAGUGCGCACGCGCUUCGCGCAUCACGUGAUACUACUUGUCAGCAAAACUGAGAAAGGAAACAACGCGUCGUUUCCGAUCUAUUUAUUCUUGUACUUGCACGCGUUACGUACAACUUACUCCUCCGUAUUAUUAAAAAUUGCCGAAAGAAAUUGUCUUCGACCGUUUGUACGAAAUCGUUGCGAUCUCGUUUGAAAUUUGACUGGAAAGAUACGACGCAUGCGUGAUGGUCUCAUUCACAGAAUUCCGCGCGCAUUUCAAUCAUUGAUCGUUCAUGGGUAGUCAGUUUUUGCUUCUAGCUCUUUCGAGAUAAAGGGUCAAACACGCUUUACGACUUCCUUCUGGUCCGCAUUACCUCAUUCGUUCCGACGCUUUCCUUCAACCUUCGAUUCUCGAUCAAUUCGUUCGACAAGUUUACGCAGAUAUACCUCAUUUAUCGAAAUAGACAAUUGAGCGCCGUUGCGACGAAAUUCUUACGCACCCUCCUACACGGUUUUCUACAAUUUUGUUCAUAAUGUUUAUAAAAUCCUGUAAUUUGUGUGUUGUGUAAUUUAAAUGUACAAUGAUAUAUACGUAUUAUACGCAUUAUCACCAACAUGCAGUUCAAUUAUUUCCACUCGAAUAUUCACAAUC